AGUACGAUCUGUAGACGGUUACUAAAACACAACAAACACACAAAAAGCAACUCAAGUCAACUAGAUAAAACGGUCUUCAGUUCACAACGAAAAAUCAACAAAACUAAAUAAAUAUAUUAAAAGGAAGUCUAAAAUGGAGUCCAGAAUCAUUGCAGCCACCUUCUUGCUCUGCUGCAUCGGCUACACCUUCGCAUCAAUUAUGCCGGACUAUAUCCAGAUCUGCCAUCGCCACGAUCCCGAGCUCUCCAAAUGCGUAAAGCAAAGUGUUCACAAUUUGCGUCCAUAUUUGGGCAAUGGCAUCAAGGAAAUCAAUGUGCCCGCUCUGGAGCCACUUUACAUUGGUGACCUGAAUAUACUAGAGGGUGGUUCUAGUGGCAUCACAGUCAAGGCCAAGAAGUUGAGUGUCUACGGUGCGUCGAACUUUGAGAUAACCAAAAUGCGCGCCUCCAUACAAAACAAACGCUUCGAUUUUGAGCUGAUAUUGCCGCUACUGAAAGGAGAGGGUCAAUAUGAUAUUAAUGGCAAUAUACUGGCGCUGCCCAUCAAGGGCAACGGGCCCUUCGUGGGCAACUUUACCAACUUUGUGGCCUACGUGCGCAUCGCUUACGACAUUAAAAACGUCAACGACGUUGAUUAUUUCGAGCUGAAGGAAUUUGGUUUGAGGAUACGCACGGGCAAGGGUCGUCUACGUCUGGAAAAUCUCUUCAAUGGCGACAAAGUAUUGGGUGAUGUGAUCAAUCAGACAAUCAAUGACAACUUCGAGUUAUUCACAAAUGAAGUGAUAGCGCCCAUUGCUCGUGCAUUGGAGAUCAAGUUCCGGGCAGUUGCCACCAAAAUCCUGGAGAAUUUUACCUACAAUGAACUCUUUCCAGUUUAAUGAAAAAUGGCAUGAUUAAUGUUCUAUAUGCUAUUACUUGUGAUACAGUUAAUUUCUCAAUGUUAGUUUUAAUAUAAUUCAUAAAUAAACUUUAAUUGAGCACAA